GGCUCAACGCUGGUUUUGUCUGUGAUAUUGGUUGUUAUUAUGGUUAUAAGUGUGUUCCUCUGGUCAAAGGCAUUUAUUAGUUAAUUAUUGUUUUGUUACGCUAAUCAUUAAGUUGACUAUGGCAUGGAUGUUGAAGUCAUUGAUAGCAUUUGUUGCAUUGCCAAUUCUUAGUAUUUGUGCUGCAACUAUUUAUUACUAUCAUAUUUGUGAUAAAGAAUGGGAAGAAUACAUAAAAAAUAUCCGAAAGAAAGAAGCAGAAGUUAAAAUACCUCUUUCUUGUGUUGGUAGUUUAAUAGGGAGAGCAGGAACUAAUAUAAAAGAAUUGCAAGAGAGGACUAAAACAAAAAUAUUUUUCAAAAAUAUUGAAGGUGAUCAAAACUACAAAAUCUGUAAGAUUGUGGGUGAAAAGGAAAAUGUGGAAGAAGCAAAAAACUUAAUUAUUGAGUUCAUUGAUCCCAAGGACUCAGAAGCUUUAGAGAUGUGGGUACCCCAGAGUGCUAUUGGCCUUAUCAUUGGAAGAUGUGGUGAUAAUAUAAGGAAAAUUUCUCUAUCUACCAAUACUAAAAUUACAGUGGACAGGUACAAAGUAGCAGACUCAAAUAAAAAGCUCGUUGUGAUUAAGGGAAAAUCACCUAACGUGGCAGCAGCUAAAGAAUUGAUUGAAAAUAAAAUCAAAGAAGACGACAAAAAAAUAAAAGAACUUGUUGAUUCAAGUCAAACAAGAUCACCAAGGAUGAAAGCAAAGAAUCAAGAAGAAAAUGAUACAGGUUUAAAAAAAGAAAAAGAGUCUCAUUACGAAAGACUGAUUACUGAAUCAAGUGAUAGUAUGAUCCAGGUUUAUGUUUCAUCUGUGGCUUCUCCAUCGCACUUAUGGUUGCAGCUAAUAACCCCUAGAGCUGUUGAUCUUGACCAUCUGGUAGAUGAUAUGACUGAAUACUAUAACAAGGAAGAAAACAGAAUUUUGCACAAACUGAAAGAGGUUAAACCAGGACAAAUCGUAGCCAGUCGGUUUGAGCAUGACAACAAGUGGUAUAGAGUUGAAGUGUUUUCAGUUGAGAUCGACGAAACAAAUGAAGAUGAAUGUAAAGUAGAUGUUUUUUAUGUUGAUUAUGGUGACUCCGCCUAUUACCCAUUAAGAGACCUUUAUGAAUUGAGACCUGACUUUCUUGAUCUCAAAUUUCAAGCGAUAGAAGUUUCAAUGGCUGGAAUUGAAUCAAAGAACGGAGGUGAAGAAUGGGACGAACCAGCCAUCGAUGCAUUUGAAGAUAUGGUGUAUCCAGCACAAUGGAAGGCCAUGCUUGUUCAAGUUGUCAGUUAUAAGAAAUCAACAAUGGCAACACGUCCUGGAUUAAUUCCUUGUAUCAGGCUCUACUACCCGGAAGGGCCUCCGGGUACUGACAUCGGCAAGAGGCUAGUCGAGGAAGGUUAUGCAGUAGCAGUUGAAACGGAAGAACCUAUAGAAACACCCAAUAGUGAUGAGGACUAAGUGUAUUUUACGUUGUUAAGUUAAAGGCUUGGUGAUCUCAAAUCUGUACUAUAAUCCGGGACCUGUUUCUAUAUUAUAACUUAAUACUUUACCUCAAUCCUAUGCCAUCCAUGAGCUUACAACUAAGCUCUUUAUUGUAAUGAAUCAAGUUAUCUAAUUUUAUCUUCUAAAAAAUUUCAAUGUUUAUUCCUCGUGAUUAUUAUUAAGAGAGAUUGGUCAUAGAAUGCAUAUUUCCUAAACCUUGGAGACUGAUUUAUGCAAUUUUAUAGUCAUUCUGUUUAUGGAUAUUUUUCUUUUCCUUAUUUUUACUGUUUAAUUUUAUGUUACCAUUAUAUUUCUAUGUUUUUCUUAUAGAAAAUUUCUACUUGUUACAUAUGAAUGUGAUAUGGAAUGUAUUUUUGAUGCAAGAACUGCUUAUUUUAUAUUGUACUGAGAGUGCCAUUUAUUUUAUAGCUUUAAGUGUAACGAAUGUGUCAUCAAACGUAUUUUCGAUUAAAAAAAAAAUGUUUAAGUCAUAUUGUAAUAUUAAGAAUAUAAUGUAAGUAAACUGGCUGGUUGUAAUUUACCCAAGUUUUAUUGUUAAUUUAUAAAAUUAAGAGCGAUGAAUGAGUGAUUUUUUAUUUUUAUUUUUUUUUUGCAUUCUAAAUUUGAAUGGACUCCUAAUUCCUUCAAAUGGGUAGUUAUGAUUAUAAUUACAAUGUUUAAUCAAAUUGUAUUAUUAAGGUAAGAGAUACACUUUCUGGAAUUUUUGACUUGUAAUUAUACUUGUUAAAAUAUAAGUGUUAAUCUAAGGCUAAUGUUUACAUUUACGAGAUCUUUUUUUUUUUUACAAUUUUUUCUCUUUUGUUUAUAAUUAAACUUAAAAUUAUUCUCUUAUUUGUACUUAUUAAAAAAGAAAGAAAGAACUUAAUAAUGAUAAUAAAUGCAUUAUUCCUCUUUUCUAUGUAA